GUGGCUCCGCCCACGUGUACCAUAUGUGUUUGAGUUGUUACAGGAAUCUGGGUUUUCCAACAAAACUGUUUCUGUGUCUGCAGCACAGAUGUAAGUCUUUAUUUUUAUUCAUCCACAGCAACAUUUCUGAGAAAAAAAUUUUGUACGAAGCUGAAGUCGAUCAUGAGAUCAGUCGGAGUUUCUCUUCUCUCCCUGUUUCUUCUCGUCAUUAAAUCUGAAACUGGGAGGCCAAUAGAGCAGAGCCCACAGAUACAUCAGUUCUUAAUCCCAUCGACCCCUGAGGUCCCCAGCUCCCCCCCGCCGACCCCGACAGCUGCUGAGAAAAAAGAAGACAAGUACCUGGGUUCACCUGAGUGUCUGAUCAAGAAGUUGACUCGUGCAUCAUGUGACCUGGUGUUCUGUCCUCCGUGGGAGCGUUGCGUCGAAGGACAGUGCUCCUGUAAACCUCCGUAUCUGUGUCCCACUGACGACGUGACAGCGGUUUGUGGUCGAGACCACAGGACGUACCGCUCCUACUGCCAGGUGAUGGCGGUCUCUUGUCGGACUAAGAAACCUGUCAUGUCUUACUUUGGUGACAAAUGUGGAGAGAAUAAUCUGGAGAUCAGGACUUUGAUAGAUUCUGAGACCGGAGUCGUCAGCGUCUCGCUUCCUGACAAGAGCAAAACAGGUGUUGAGAAGCACCUGAUCUGUCGUAAGCUGUGGGACAUGGCGACAGCUAACGUGGCCUGCAAAGAACAUGGGAAUCCACUGGGCGCGGCGGCCGCUGACACCGUCUCUUACCCCUCCCUGAGGACUGACCAUCCAGGCAAAGAGUUCCCUAGCAGCUGUGUCAGCAUCCGUUGCCAAGGUUACGAGAAUUCCCUGGCCGAGUGUGUCAUCUACGCCGAGAUGCAGAUCCACGGCAACAGGAGGGUCGCCACGGCAACGUGUUAUAACGCGUUACAGGCCCUGACAGAAGACUGCGGCUUCCCGUGUGCAAACAGGAAGUGUGUGCUUUUGAACCAGACAUGUGAUGGAAUCGAUGACUGUGGCGACCGCAGUGAUGAAAUGUGCUGCAAAGGUUGCAGGAGAGAUGGUUUGCUGUGUAAGACGGGUGUGUGUCUUCAUAAAGAUUCUGUCCAUGACGGACACGUCGACUGUCUGGACGGUGAAGACGAAUCCCCCAAAACGCAACAAGUCAGACACUCAGGUACAGUGAGGACGAAUGGGAACUCAGGUACAGUGAGGACGAAUGGGAACUCAGGUACAGUGAGGACGAAUGGGAACUCAGGUACAGUGAGGACGAAUGGGAACUCAGGUACAGUGAGGACGAAUGGGAACUCAGAUUUCAUCUCUCCUCAAGAUGAGAUCAAAUUAAGCCGAUUGCACCUGGAGUCAAAGUUAAAGUGUGGGAUUCCCAAUGCGACCACGGUGGACGACGAGGAGGUGUCGGAGCGAGGGCGGGGCCCCCGCGUCAAGAGAGUGGUGGGAGGAGUCCCGGCAAGACCGACUCAGAUCCAGUGGCAGGUCGCUCUGGAGGAGCACAAAAAGAUCGACUGUGGUGGAGCGUAUAUCGGGGACUGCUGGGUAAUCACUGCUGCUCACUGCGUCAGACCCAACCCGCGUGCGUUCAACGUCAAGUUUUCUCUCUGGAGGAAAUCGAGAGCUCAGGACACGACGGACGUUGUUCCUGUUGAAGAUAUUCACAUCCACCCCAGGUACAACGCCAGAACGUACGAGAACGACAUUGCUCUGGUGAAGCUGAAGAAGCUUCCAUACGAGGACAAAUGUUUCAUGGACAAUCCGGCCAUCAGCGCUGUCUGCGUUCCCUGGUCCACGCAACUUUUCCAGUCCAACCACACCUGCAGCAUCUCGGGAUGGGGACGAACCCAAGAUGGUCGAUCAGCUCAGGUGCUGCUCUGGGCCAACGUGUCGCUCAUCGACGACUGUCAGAGAUUCUACAAAGAUCGAUUCAAACCAGGAAUGAUGUGUGCAGGUGACCUGGACGGCAGCGUGGACUCCUGUCAGGGCGAUGGCGGCGUGGACUCCUGUCAGGGCGAUGGCGGCGUGGACUCCUGUCAGGGCGAUGGCGGCGGUCCUCUGGUUUGUGAAGAUGAACUGGGCGUUUCUUACCUGUGGGGCAUCAGCAGCUGGGGGGAGAGGUGUGGUCAGCCUGGAUUCCCUGGAGUUUAUACACAAGUCGCUCAUUACUUUGAAUGGAUCAGAAGUAACACAGGUUGGCCGACAGUCACCAGGUUUAACUCCUGAUGAAGAGAAAACACACACACGUUGCUUUUCUUUCUGAUUUUAACUUGACCGCAGCUUGUGUGAUUACAGACACUGUGAUUAAAACUUGAAUUGUU